UAAACGGAGGACGGAACUACGGGAAACGCCGGUUCCCGGAGGGAAAAACCUCAAAAGAGGAGUAAGCUUCAAGGAAUGUCUUGAGUGAUUAACUGCCACCAGAUUAAGAAUGAACUGCAGCUACAAGUUGUUUUAAAAAGCCACCCAGUUGCAGGAACGGAUGUGAAUACGAUGGCAGAAGAGAGACGAUGGUAUAGAGUGUUCCAGAGACUGGAUUGCUUGCUGUGUUGCUCCCCGGAUCACUCCCCAGAUCGCUCCCCGGAUCAAUCGCCGGAUCAAUCGCCGGAUCAAUCGCCGGAUUGCUCGUUGGAUCGCUCGUUGGAUCGCUCGCUGCGUUGGCCCCCUCGCCGGCAGCAUUGGAACGUCCGGGCACAGCGCAUCAGCAUCAAAGAGCCUCAUGUGCAGGAAUCCAGUGAAUGGACCAAACUUGACCCUGAGGUGAACAGUCAGGAUGCAGACGAUGCUCCAACUUACAGCUUGCAGUCUGAAGCAGGAAACUAUGAAUGCAGCAUCUCUGGCUUGCGCUGGAUGUGUAAUGGAAAGGUCCGCUUUAAGUACCAGUUUUGUCCGUGGGAGGAACCCAUGGAGAGGAUGGAAAGUCUGCAAUACAUGCCUGCAGGUCCCCUGAUGGACAUCACAGUGGUUACUGGGAAGUUAGAUGAAGUGUUCCUGCCUCACUGGAUCUGCAUCGACGACAAUCCUGAGAUUUUGGACAAGUUUGCAGUCCUGCACAUAGACGACUGUGGAGAUGAUGUGGAAAAAGUGUCCCAGGUCACAGCGUCCCACGUCAAGCUGCCUGAGCCUGUUUUCUCCCCUCGAGCGGUCCUGCUGAGAAUCGGCAUUCCAGUGAGAAUAAACUGUAACGUGUUAAUAUACAAGACCAACACGGCCUUCCUCACGCUCCAUGUGUACCUGAUCCCACGUGAUCCGGGUCUGCUGCAGAAAUUUAACAGGAUUAUGUCUUUCAAUGGAUACGAAGUCCUCCAAAAGCCACACCCAGAGAAGUCCCUGAAAAUUAAGGAACGUUACAUCUUAACUGCGGACAUGGAAAGAGCAGAAAUUUGUCCUGAGACCUUAAUGCUCAGGUACGACACACACCCAAAUUUCUUCGAAGUGUUUAUUGAAAAUCCAGAAACAAACUUCAAACUCAAGCUUUCAAAAGAAAACAAGCAUCAAGCGGUGUGGACCUGUGCAAUUCGAAAAAAUGAAUACCAAAGCACUGCUCCUACACAAGAGUCAGACUUUGUGGAUAAACACAGAGCUGCGCUGGUCGACAGAGUGAGCAACAUUGGGGCCAUUUUGGAUGAUCUCCUCGCUGAAGGAGUCGUCUCCCAGGGGAGUUAUGAUGAAAUCAUGGCUAUCAGCACCAGCAGGGAUCGGAUGAGGAGCCUCUUCUCUGGUCCACUGAACGCUGCUGGACGUCGCGGCAAAGAAGUCUUCUACAAAAUCCUUGAGGAAAAUGAGAGAUUCCUCAUGGAUGAUCUCAAGAGAAAUCGAUGACUCUCGCUCUAUAGGUUCCACUUUGAACCAAACAUGGAAUCUAUUCAAUUUAAUCUAUUAAAAUAUGUUUGACGUUAGUAUUAAAACAGCUGUUUCCCCUUCAGUGACAUUUAAGUGAGUUGAUGAGCGAUGCUCAAGAUGAGUUUUAAUUCAAGUUUCAUUCAAAUGUUAUCAGACAAUCAAGUUCUCACCAUCACAUAUUUAUACCACAAAGACCUAAUGGAAUGAAUACAUUUUAUAUAAACUAAAACAUGCUCAUCAUGAAUGCAGGUUUAACCUUUGAUUUUGGAGCUGUGUGUGUCUGUGUCCCUUACAGAGUACGCACAGGAGACGGUUUCAUUUACAGGACACUUGUUCUGCUUCAGCGUCAUGUCCAAGAAGCGGUGCUGUUGCGGCUAUACUGGAUCCAAACGGACCAACUCGUUUAAAAGCCGCAGUGGGCUAAGGCGGGGGAGAUGAACUUGUUUACGCGCACCAAAAAAUCCUCUGUCCACACACUUGUUCCCGUUCUCUCCGUUUAUUCCUCUCCAUAGCUUUCCACGACUCCAAUAGUCGUUCUGAUUGCAAGGUAGAGCAACACGUUAGAUAACCGGUUUUAUAUGGAGUCCAUGUGGUGUGCGAAGUGCGGUACACAAAGAAUCGCCUUCCCCCGUCCUCACCCGACGCCAAACUGAACCCGCACGGGUGUCAGGCAGGGUUUAAUUAGGCAUCCCCUUGCGCACCACACACGCCCACCGCUACACCCAUGUCCCAUGACAACCAAUAAACAAAACCAACACCCACAAAGUAACAUUUAUAAGAAGCAAAAAAUAUAAAGAAAACAUUUAUGGCUCCUACAGGUGCUAAUCAGUUUGUCUCGUGUCUAUGUUGUCUCGUGAUAUCCUGUUUUAUUUUGAAAAUUAACCUUUUAACCAUUUAGGAUAGAACAGAGGAUUUUUUCCUCUGAGUGAGUUUACUUUGCUGCCUUUUGUAAAAUAAAACUUUUUGAACCUC